AUGCUGCUCACCACGCCGGUGUAUUCGAAGGAGAAAGGAAAGGACCAGCUGCAUCUUUGGGUGACAGACAAUGCCCGUGUGCACGACGUUGGGCCGGUGUCUCGUGAAGGUGAUGACGCCGCCGCCAGCUCCCUGCUGUACAGAAAAAAAGAGAAGGAGGAGCUGAUUGUACUGUACGAAAAUAAGAAGAAUGAUUUGGAUGACUCAUUCAGCCUUGCCGCUGUGCGCCUGACUGACAAGCUGCUUCGGAUAAAAGAAGUGGUGAAAACAUGGAAAGAUAUGGACGCCGCACUAAAAAGCUGCACUUCCAGUGACACCGUCGACCCGCGAGCGAAGGGUAUGUGUGAAGGCCCUAUUCCCAUCAAAGGGCUGGUUGGCUUGUUGUCCAACGCAUUAACGGAUGGAACUGAGACUGGCAAAGUGUGGAGGGACGAGUACCUCGGCGUGAAUGCAACGGUGAAGAAUGGGGCAGCAGGCGAAAAGUGGGGCGUGAGGUUCGAAGGCGCUGGGGCGGGGGCGGAGUGGCCGGUUGGCAGCAAUGGGCAGAACCAGCCGUACUACUUUGCGAACAACAAGUUUGCUCUUGUGACGACGGUGGUGAUUAACGCGGUGCCGGAAGACGGCGACAACCCCAUUUUUUUGCUGGGUGCGAGGAUGAACGACAAGGCUGGUACUGUGCUCUUUGGCCUGUCGUACACGAGGGAAAAGAAGUGGAGGUUCCAGCUGGGCCGCAGAGUCAUCAAUGGGUGCGGGGAUGUUAAUUGGGAACCGAACAAAGUCUCGCAGGUGGUGGUGGAAAUGAGAAUAAACGACUGGUACGUGCACGUCGAUGGAAAGGAGAUUUGCAGCACGACUUACGGAGGCCCGUUGUUCAACUCGUACCGAAUCUCGCACUUCUUAUUGGGUGGGGGCAACGGCACGGCGGGGUCAUCGGCCAGUCACGACGUGACGGUGGCAAGUGUCCUGCUGUACAACAAAUUACUUGACUCUGAGGAGAUCAAGGAGCUUAAUGCCAACAAAGUCACUUUUCCCAAGCCGGCUGGUGAGGAACCAAACAGUGACGAGGAGGGUUCUUCUGGACCCGCGGAUGAUCCGGAGAAGAUGGGUUCUAAGCCGCAGUCUAACGACGAACUCGAUCGGGAGGGACAUUCGAACACCGACCAGGACGCCGCCGGCACGAAUGAUGAUGGGGAUGCCGCUUCUCACGCACCGGACAAUUUGCCAUCAGUUCCUACCGCCCAGCCCCCAACACCUGAGGGACAACAACCAGAAGACGAUGCCAGCGACAAAUCUGCGGGGGAAGAUGAAGGACCACGACGAUCAGAGGGAGAUGGCGAGGUUGAUGGCGAUAGAGCCAUGGAUGCUGCCGAAGCAUCUUCUGAAGACGAAGUCCCUGAGGGAGUCGUUGAAGAGGAGGAGGAAAAGGAAGGGCUGCCUGCUGGUGCUGAAUUGGGGUCUCCGGUGCCUUCAUCGUCGAAGGUGAGCGCAGAUGCUGAUGGACCCGACGAUGCCGAUGUGGAUGCCAUUGAAAAACUCCCUUCACAGCACGAGGUCGAUGAGAACCAAGCGCAGCAAAGCAGCCCGCCUGCAAUUGAAGACGAAGACGUGCCGUCCAAUGAAACCAAAGCCGGCAGUGAGGAGCGUGUACUCGGCCUCGAAGCGGAGGGCGCUGGCCCCGGAGCGGCGGUGGGUUCAGGUGGCAGCCCUGCUUCACGCAGUGACCCCGAGGAGGCUCCCGCGAAGGAGACCCCUGAGACUUCUCUGCCUGGCGCCGUUGGAGUGCAUGUUGAAGACAAUGAGGAAAUGUUGCAGGGAGCCGACAACGAGCCGGCUAAUCAAACCGCUUCGUCUGAGCCUCAGGCGGCCCCUCCGACACGCAACACGACACCACUCGCUGGCAACACCCUCGCUGCCUUCAAGAAGAUUACAGGCGUGAGGUUCGAUGAAGGGAACAGCGACAACGCCGUGGGUGGGUGUGUGCCUCAUGUAGUGCUGUUGGCCCUGCUGGGGCUGUGGGGCAUUGCGGUUCUCUCCGCUGCGUAA